AUGGCGGAUGAAGCGAUAAACAAUGUGACUAAAUGGCUCCAUGAUUGUGGAUUAUCGGAGUUUCAAAGCCUAUUUGUAGACGAAGGAUACGAUGAUCUUGAUGUUGUUGCUACAAUAACUGACCAAGAGUUGGAAGAAAUAGGAAUUUUGAAAAGAGGACACAGGAAAAAGAUAUUACUCAAGAUUGAAGAACUCAAACUUUCAAUGAGACAGAAAGCAAUUAACAACAAACUCGAUGCAGUCAAAACCAAAACACCUUUAGUUCAGUCAGUUCUCCCAGGUUCUUCAAAGCAACCCACAAGAGAUCCAUUGCCAUACCAAAAGUCCAAAUAUUGGUAUGAAAACCCUCAACACCCACGUACUAAGUAUUUCAAUGAAAUCUUGCCAGAGAUGUUUGAAGCUGCAAAGCCCCAUAUGAGUGACUGUGCAUUUGAAGAGUACCUAUUUAAAGAGAGAAGAAAGAGGUGGGAAGCAAAGACCGAGACAGAGAAAAUAGAACAGAAACUCAAUUAUAUUUUGAGUAAUGAUAACAAUGCUUGCUUUGGUAAAUACUUGGGCUCUCUGCCAUGCAUCAGUCCAGCUGAUGUUUCAAAUUGCGAGCGUGGAGUCAAAGAGCUAUCAUGUUUGGAAAAAGCACUUCUUGCACGAAAAAGUGAAACUGAAAAUAGUUAUGGUGAACUAUUCAUAGCCAGUGGACGACACUCUCAUGCAUGGGCAAAGGAACAGGAGAAGUAUUAUGAAUCUCAGAUUGGGCACUUAAAAGGUCUUAUUGAUACAAUAACAAAUGCCAAGUCUAAGCUUAUCAGUAUUGGAGUAACCUAUAAGUCAUUAUCUUCCGUAAGCUUAAAGAAAAAGUCAAGUCUUGCAAAGAGAAGAAGAAAAGAAAAUGCUUGCAAAGCCAAAAAAAGAAAAAGGAAAAGAGAAGACACUGCAAUGCAUAAACUGAUUGUCAAGCUUACAGAUGAGUUUACCUAUACUCUCUGCUUCCCUGAUGGAUAUAAUGUAGCCUUACAAAGUCAACAUGCUGUGUGCGAGGAUGAGAUUAACACUGAGGCCUUAGGACUGUUGAAGAGUUGUGACAUCAUGAAGUUAGACCUUCUAUUCAAUCAGGGCUUUUUUGCGCUCGAUGCACUUGCAAUAAUAGGGCAGACCAUUGCCGCACUUUAAUAAGAUGAUGUUCACUCUUUUUGUUGAAAAUGUUGUUGUUUUACAGAAAAUUAUUGAUAAAUGUCAUGAUAUUCAAA